GCCUUUAUCCAGCGCAAGUGCCCUAUUUUCCGGUCUUUCGGCUUUCGGCUCGGAGGAGGUUCAGGUGCAACUUUCUUCGGUCGUCCCGAAUCCGGGUUCAUCCGACACCAGCCGCCUCCACCAUGCCGCCUAAGUUCGACCCCAACGAGAUCAAAGUCGUGUACCUGAGGUGCACCGGUGGGGAAGUCGGUGCCACGUCUGCCCUGGCCCCCAAGAUCGGCCCCCUGGGUCUGUCUCCAAAAAAAGUUGGUGAUGACAUCGCCAAGGCAACUGGUGAUUGGAAGGGUCUGAGGAUUACAGUGAAACUGACCAUUCAGAACCGACAGGCCCAGAUUGAGGUGGUACCUUCUGCCUCUGCCCUGAUCAUCAAAGCCCUCAAGGAACCACCAAGAGACAGAAAGAAGCAGAAAAACAUUAAGCACAGUGGAAACAUCACUUUUGAUGAGAUUGUCAACAUUGCCCGACAGAUGCGGCAUCGAUCUUUAGCUAGAGAACUCUCUGGAACCAUUAAAGAGAUCCUGGGGACCGCCCAGUCUGUGGGCUGCAAUGUUGAUGGCCGCCACCCUCACGACAUCAUAGAUGACAUCAACAGUGGCGCGGUGGAAUGCCCAGCUGUGCAAGCAGGGGUGGAAAACUGCUUUAGUGGAAAGGACUGCCCGAGAUCGCUGGAGUGAGGAACAUUCCAGGACACGUGCCCUCAUUCAAGCAGAGACUACUACGACCAGACCACUGCCAAAAUACCUGACCUUUUAAGUAGGAACCAAGUCUUUCACUCAUUCUUCAUAAAUCAACGUUUCUGGAGUGUUUUUUCCACUGAAUUAAAGGUAAAUCUUUAAAACAG